GUCGAGUAGCAACGGACAGGAGAGACAGAGCAUACCGAGACGGAGCUGAACUUGUCUUAUUGACAAGUAUCGGUUGUUUUUAACCAGUUCACAGAGUCUGGAAUUAAAUAAUGAGGAGGAGCGAGGUGCUUGCAGCAGAGGCGGUGUCCUGCCUGAAUAAAGCGCUGAUCCAUUUGAAGGACAUUUGGGAGGAAAUCGGGAUCCCAGAGGAUCAGAGACUACAGAGGACUAAUGUGGUCAAAAACCACAUAAAGAACUUACUGGAAAUGAUGAUCAAGGAGGAGGAAUCUCUGAAAGAGAGGCUGAUCAGCAGCAUUGGAAAAUGCAGGACAGAAAUGGAGAAACUUUGCCUGGAACUACAGCUCCCAUUGUUUGAGGAGGAGAGUGGCGUCAGCAUGCUCCAGCAGGAGAAGAACAUCCGCACACAGGUGGAGGCUCUGAUGAAGGAGAAGAAUCAGCGGAUGCAGCAGCUGAAGAUUCUCCUGGAGCAGGACCAGGACCUUUGCGACAUCCUCUGCUCCAUGUCCUACGGCAUCGCUCCAGACUCGGUCCCCUCCCUGGAACAAUUGGAGAACUUCCGUCAGCACAUCGCCAACCAGAACGAAGAGAAGGCAAAGCGGUAUGCUGAGUUCACAGACCUUAAAAAACAGAUCAUCUUGUACAUGGGGGAGCUGGACCACAUCCCUGAGACUAGCUUUGAGAAGGACGUCGUCUGUGAGGACGAAGACUCUUUCUGCCUCUCCAGAGAAAACAUCACAUCACUCAAACUGCUGCUCUGUCAGUUGGAGGAGCGCAAAGCAGAGAACGAGGCGAUGUGUGAGAGUCACAGAGAGAAGAUCCAGCAGCUGUGGGACAGGCUGCAGGUUCCUCAGGAGGAGAGGGAGGCCUUCAACGAACACAUGGUCGCAUCCAGGAAAAGAAACUUGGAGGCGUUACAAGCAGAAGUCCAGCGUCUGGAGGAGCUCAAACUGCUAAACAUCAGGAAUGUUACUGAGGCCAUCCGCUCUGAGAUCGCUGUGUUCUGGGAAAAAUGUUUCCUCAGCAUUGACCAGCGGCAGGAUUUUACACCAUAUUUUAGUGAGGAUUUCACCGAAGAGCUGUUAAGUGUGCACGAUGCUGAGAUCCAGCGCCUGAGGCAGCAUUACGAGGAUCACAAAGAGCUUUUUGAUGGAGUUCACCAGUGGGAGGAAAGCUGGAGACUCUUCCUGGAGCUGGAGAAAAAAGCCACAGAUCCGACAAGAUUCACCAACAGAGGAGGGAAUCUCCUAAAAGAGGAGAAGCAGAGGUCAGAGCUACACAAAAGCCUGCCAAAGCUUGAGAAAAAAUUGAAAGUCCAGAUUGAGAAGUGGGAAGGUGAACAGGCCCGUGAGUUCCUGGUCAGUGGUCAGAAGUUCCUUCAGUACGUGGAGCAGCAGUGGGAGCUGCACAGAAUAGAGAAAGAGAAGGAGAAACAAGAAAGGCAUCUCAAGAAGAGUAAACAGACUGAAGUGGAUAUGCUGUAUGGAACAGUAAGGACACCCACUAAACGCAGAUUCCUUGGCUCGACCACGCCAAACAAAGCACGCAAAUUUAACGCGACUUCCAGCAUCUCUAGUGCCACCUCUAACAGCACCAUGCGCUCUGCCAUUGGUGGAACGGUCUGUCGCUCACCUGUGCCCCGCCCACCACUCUCAGCAAACAAGGUUCCAGCAGUACGGACACCCGGUAGCAAUAAACCCCCCCACCCACGACUGCAGGGCUGUAACAAGGAGAACGAAGUCCGGCCAAAGGGGACCCCUCUGAGCGGUGGGUUGCUGAACUACGCUAGUCCACAGCGUAACCUCAGCAUAACCUCUGUUGCCAGCACAUAUUCUGAAUUUGUGAGGGAGUUGGUCAACACUGAAUCUGUUCAGUCAAGCGAGACCUGUCCAAAGCCUCCAACACCAAGAUCCAGCACGACGUCCUGAACUCCACCACCGCCAACCUCUGACCUCGCCGCUCUGAUGCUCACAUCACAUGGCCGUCCGUUAAACGAAGUCCUGAUAACUCCUCACUGCUUCCUGCUUUUACCAGUAUAUGAAGGUGAAAAUAUAUUAAGUAUUAAGUCAGUGAUGAACACUUGUACAGCUGUUUUUAGACAUUCAGUUUGUUUUUAAGAGGAUUUAAACUUUGUGCUGUCUAUCACUGUGUGUGUAUAAGGAUAACAUCUGUGUUUCUUAAGUUAAACUAACACUACUUUGGCUGUCCAGAUUAUUAUGAAUGUUUUACUGCACAUUUAAACGAAAGAAAGUCAAAGAAAUGUUGAACUUUCUGAAGUUAUGCAAUCCGGGGUUACAGGCCAAAUGUAUUAUAAAUACUACUUUAUGCACUUUUUAUUUAGAAAAUAUUUUGCAGUGCACGCUCACUGUUUCAUCCAAAUCUGUUAUUUUAUUUGUAUAUCCUGUAAAUAUUUUUGUAUCCACUCUUUGUAGAACUGUUUGGCAAUGGGCUAUUUGUUUAAACAGUUAAGAUUUUAUAAGUGUCUUAUAGGAGCUGACCUGUAGUUUAGAGUUAAAUCAUCUGGGGUCAACACACUACUGUGGCUGAUUUGGAAAAGCUUGUCAAAAUAAAUGUUUUUUUCACUUGUA